AAAAUUGAUGUUAAAUAGCAAAUUUACACAUGCAUAAAUACAUUUUAGAAGUAAUGCUAAGCAAUUAAGCGAAGUAAUGAAACCUUGCUGUCUUGAGUGUCAAAAAGGAUUACAUGAAGCCCUACUCAUCUUGAGACAUUCAGUUGUCAAGAUGGUUUCUAAGGUUUUCAACUGGCUCACUACAAUAUUCUAUUUCUACCUAACUUACCGAGGAAUCAGUCUGAUAUUUUUAGAAUGUGAUGAACACAAGUACAAAAGUAUAAUUUAUCAGUAUGGGUUAGAGAAUAAGCACAAAUAUUUGAGCAUUUGGGUAUCAUUUCUACAAACACUAUACUUUGUUAUUGUUUCAUUUUCCGACAUUGUCAACUGCUUGCCCUCCGUGUUUGUUUGUCCUCGAUGGUCUCAGUACUCUACCAAUGCAAGACAUUAUCUGCUCACUUCCCUUGUUCUGCCUCUAACGCUGUACAUAUUCACUGUGUUCUGGACGUUCUACUUGUACGAUCGGGAGGUGAUCUACCCAGAGCUAUUUGAUCGGUUUAUUCCUCCUUGGUUGAAUCACGCGAUGCAUUCUCUUCCCGUCCCCAUUCUGUUGGUUCAUCUGAUCCUCGGACCCAAUCACAACCCUUCUAGGACAUCCGCUCUUGUGGGACUGUCGCUGCUGUUUGUGGUUUAUGGAGUUGUUUUUGGCGCAUCGGUUCUGAAGGGUAACUGGGUUUAUCUUCUGUUCAACAAUCUCAACCCCUCACAAAGAAUGUUCCUACUCACUAUCAGCUACCCCUUGACUAUUGUCUUUCUCACAAUCAGCCGAGGACUUAACAGCUUCGUUAAAGGGACCAAGGAAAAAUAUGCAGUCAAAGAAAAGGGUAGCCAAUGAAUUUGUAUUUGUUAUAAAAUAAAUUAUUUGUGUACCGGUA